GUGUGUGUGUGUGUGAUGUGUUUGUGUAUCCUCAGUGUUUUUCUCUCUUGAGUGUUUUUUUGAGUGUAAACAGAGUCUUGUCUCUGUGUAUUUUAGUGUUGAUGAUGGAUGUGAUGUGCUGUAAAUCAGGAACUGAUCAGGACUUACAGGAUGAUGAAUCUACUGAUCAAACCUCCACAGAGUCUCUGGAUUCUGUCUGUAACGCUGGAGAACAGCAGCAGAUCCUGCAGACCAAACUCAACAUGUGUUCAGUCAAACUCAUCGACUUCAGGAACCUCAUGAUGAAGAUCAAAACUGAACCCACAGAAAUAAAAACUGAAACCACAUCUGAUGAAUAUGAAGACAAACACAGUGAUGGUCAUGAUUUUUUUCUGUCAGAUGUAAAGAGUGAAUUAUGUUUGGAUGGAGAAAUAACCUCCUCGACUCUUUCCUGCAUCAGCGGUGGAGAGACAUUGAGAUAUUUAGAGAGAAAACACACAGAACAUGAACAUCAUCUGAAGAAACACACCAAUGAGAGACCGUAUCAGUGCAAGUCACACAAAACACUACACACUGAAGAGAAACCCUUUCAAUGUUCACACUGUGAUAAACGUUUCAGUCAUAAAUCUAAUCUGGUAGUCCACGAGAGAAUUCACACUGGAGAGAAACCUCAUCACUGUGAUGUUUGUGGGAAGAGUUUUAGUCAACGUGAACAUUUAGUGAGACACCAGAGAACUCAUACAGGUGAAAAACCUUACAAAUGCUCUCAGUGCGAGAAAAUGUUUACUCAGUCAGCUUCCUUAAAAGACCAUCAGAGAGUUCACACUGGAGAGAAACCUUACAAAUGUUCUCAGUGUGAGAAGACGUUUACUCAUUCAGGUCACUUAAAAACCCAUCAGAGACUUCACACUGGAGAGAAACCUUACGUCUGCUCUCAUUGUGGAAAGAGCUUCUCUGAUUUAAGUUCUUUUAGAGUCCACGAGAGACUUCACACUGGAGAGAAACCUCAUCACUGUAAUGUUUGUGGGAAGAGUUUCAGUCGACGUGACAGUUUAGUGUCACACCAGAGAACUCAUACAGGUGAAAAACCUUACAAAUGUGCUCAGUGUGGGAAGACGUUUACUCAUUCAACUUCCUUCAAAGUCCAUAAAAGAAUUCACACUGGAGAGAAACCUUACCAAUGUAAUGUCUGUGGGAGGAGUUUUAGGCAACAUGCUAAUGUUUUAAAGCACCAGCGAGUUCAUACAGGAGAGAAACCUUACAUCUGCUCUCAUUGUGGAAAGAGCUUCCCUGAUUUAAGAUCUAUUAGAAUCCACGAGAGACUUCACACUGGAGAGAAACCUCAUCACUUUCUGGCGCACACACUAAAAAUCGGGAAAAAGCCAGAAUUGGCCCAGAACUUACUGCUAUCUGUGUACCAGUGCGAGUCUGACGAUUCCGCCAAUAAACCCACUAAAGAAAGAAAGAAAGAGCUCGCGUGUGAUGUGUUUGUGUAUCCUCAGUGUUUUUCUCUCUUGAGUGUUUUAUUGAGUGUAAACAGAGUCUUGUCUCUGUGUAUUUUAGUGUUGAUGAUGGAUGUGAUGUGCUGUAAAUCAGUAGGAACUGAUCUGUCCAUGCUGGAUAUUGAUGAUUUCAUCACAGAAAUCUCUCAGCUGAAGAAAGAGGUGGCGUUACUGGAGACAAAGCUGAGAUUAAGAGGAGAUGAAGGACUGAAGAGAGAGGACUCCGAGCUCAGUCUGACUUUACUCUGUUAUACUGAGUCAAAGCACACAGACGCUCAGGACACUACAGUGUGUGACAGUAAUCAGGACUUACAGGAUGAUGAAUCUACUGAUCAAACCUCCACAGAGUCUCUGGAUUCUGUCUGUAACGCUGGAGAACAGCAGCAGAUCCUGCAGACCAAACCCAAGAUGUGUUCAGUCAAACUCAUCGACUUCAGGAACCUCAUGAUGAAGAUCAAAACUGAACCUACAGAAAUAAAAACUGAACCUACAGCAGAUGAAGAUCACACCGUGGAAGAUGAAGACAGUCAUGAUGAUGCUUUUAUUUCUUCAGAUGUGAAGAGUGAAUCAUUUUUGGAUGGAGAAAUAAUGUCCUCAACAUCAGAAGAGAGACUGACAGCACAAACUCAAGAGAAGAAACUUCAUUCAGAAGAGCACAGAGAGAAGAAGAAGAAGAAGAAAAAGUUUGACUGUCAGCAGUGUGGGAAGGAUUUUGGCUGCUUAUCUCAGCUGAAAAGUCACAUGAGGACACACAGUGGUGUAAAGUCUUUCUACUGCACUGAAUGUGGCAAAUACUUCAGCACCAAACACAAUCUUGCUGUUCAUCAGAGAAUUCACACAGGAGAAAAACCAUACGAGUGUCCUCACUGUGAGAUGAGAUUCAACCACAAAUAUUAUUUAAAAAAACACAUGCUUUUACACACUAAUGAGAGACCGUAUCAGUGCAGUAAAUGUGAAAAAACCUUUAAAGAUUCAGGUUCAUUAAAAUUACACCAGAAAAUUCACUCUGAGGAGAAACGCUAUCAGUGUUCACACUGUGAUAAAGCUUUCAGUCAUGAAUCUCAUCUGAUACGCCAUAAGAGAGUUCACACUGGAGAGAAACCUUAUCGCUGUGAUGUUUGUGGGAAGAGUUUCAGUCAACAUUACAAUUUAGUGCCACACCUGAGAAGUCAUUCAGGUGAAAAACCUUACAAAUGCUCUCAGUGUGAGAAGACGUUUACUCAUUCAUUUUCCUUAAAAAUCCAUAAGAGACUUCACACUGGAGAGAAACCUUACCACUGUAGUGUUUGUGGGAAGAAUUUUAAUCAACGUGAAAAUUUUGUGAGACAUCAGAGAACUCAUACAGGUGAAAAACCUUACAAAUGCUCUCAAUGUGAGAAGACAUUUGCUUAUUCAAGUAGGUUAAAAGUCCAUGAGAGGGUUCAUACGGGAGAGAAACCUUACAUCUGCUCGAUCUGUGAAGAGAGAUUUGCUUCUUUUAGAAGUCUUCAGCAUCAUCAUAAGAAGAAACAUACUGAAGAACAAACUACACUGAAAUCAUCAUAGUGCCAAUGAGAUCUGAUCAUAACGCCACAUUCCCAGAGCCACUGCAGUAUGUCAAAAGAGUGAGACGUGGCGGUACAGCACACAAAACUGUAUUUACAGCGCACGCAAUCACACCAUUCAAACAUUUACGAAACUUUCAAAGUGAUCGAAGGACAUCCUGAAAUACAAAUGAAAACGAUCAAGAUACAGUUUCAACUCUUGUAUCAAUCUAAUGAACUCCCUCUGCUCUUCUCGUUCCUGAAGAAUGGAGCGUAACCAAUAACGAACAUUCUAUUGGUUUUAUUGGGAAUUUUAUUGGUUCUAAUGGAAUAUAGCCCAAAACACACUACAGUGUAGUGGUUUUAAUGGUAAAAGCUAAUGGUUCCUAUUGGUAUUUUAAUGUAAACCAUUAGAAUUUUCUGUAACGGUUUUAUUGUUUUUUAAAAUGAGUCGUAGUUGAAUGACGAGUGGAAAUAUCGCGUUCAUAUUCACAGGCGAUUUAUCCGUGAUUAUGAAUGCGAUAUUUCCCCGCUCAUCAGUGAACUAGGGCUCUGUGUAGUAAAAGCCGCUCCAUCUGAAAGCAGCUGAUGGUGAUUUAUUACAACUCCAGAAACCGGCUUUACUGACGAGAUGCACGUGACAAACACAUGAGAUUAAUUGUGCAGCCUAAUGUCAUGAGAAUGUUGUGAUGUCCACUGUCAGCGUUUGGUAUAAUAACACCUCCUCAUUUUAGUCAGAGCAUCGAAAAUACAACUAAGAUUGUUCAAUAAAACAUCUUUAUUUUAAUCA